GGGAGCACGAGCAAGCAAGCGAGGGAGGGAGAGCGACAGCAAGGCCGGGAGAGCUGACCCAUCCCCCUGUCCCCCCCAACCCCCCUGCCGGAGCACCGGGCUCACUGGGGAGCCACCAUGAGCGAUGUCACCAUCGUCAAAGAAGGCUGGGUGCAGAAAAGGGGAGAAUAUAUUAAGAAUUGGAGACCACGCUACUUCCUACUGAAAACAGAUGGCUCCUUUAUCGGUUACAAGGAGAAGCCACAAGAUGCAGACCUACCUUACCCUCUCAAUAACUUCUCUGUGGCAAAAUGCCAGUUGAUGAAAACUGAACGACCAAAGCCCAACACUUUCAUCAUCAGGUGUUUACAGUGGACCACAGUCAUUGAGAGGACCUUUCAUGUGGACACUCCUGAAGAAAGGGAGGAAUGGAUGGAGGCCAUACAGAUGGUAGCGGACAAACUCCAAAGACAGGAGGAGGAGCGGAUUAACUGCAGUCCUACAUCACAGAUAGAUAACAUCUGUGAGGAGGAGAUGGACACCUCCACUAGUCACCAUAAACGGAAGACAAUGAAUGACUUUGACUAUUUAAAACUACUUGGAAAAGGCACUUUUGGAAAAGUCAUUCUUGUGAGGGAGAAGGCAAGUGGGACGUAUUAUGCAAUGAAGAUCCUGAAGAAAGAAGUCAUUAUUGCAAAGGAUGAAGUGGCCCACACACUCACGGAAAGCAGAGUAUUAAAAAACACUAGACACCCCUUUCUAACUUCUCUGAAGUACUCUUUCCAGACAAAAGACCGGUUGUGCUUCGUGAUGGAGUAUGUCAACGGGGGCGAGCUGUUUUUCCAUUUGUCGAGAGAGCGGGUGUUCUCGGAGGACCGCACUCGUUUCUACGGCGCCGAGAUAGUCUCUGCUCUCGACUACCUACACUCCGCCAAGAUCGUGUACCGGGAUCUCAAGCUGGAAAACCUAAUGCUAGACAAAGACGGUCACAUCAAAAUCACAGAUUUCGGACUCUGCAAAGAGGGAAUCACAGAUGCUGCUACCAUGAAGACAUUCUGCGGUACACCCGAGUACCUUGCCCCAGAGGUGCUGGAGGACAAUGACUACGGCCGGGCGGUGGACUGGUGGGGGCUGGGCGUGGUCAUGUACGAGAUGAUGUGUGGCCGGCUGCCCUUCUACAACCAGGAUCACGAGAAGCUCUUCGAGCUCAUCCUCAUGGAGGACAUCAAGUUCCCCAGGACGCUCUCAGCUGAUGCCAAGUCACUACUGUCUGGUCUGCUCAUCAAAGACCCCAACAAAAGACUUGGUGGGGGUCCAGAUGAUGCAAAAGAAAUAAUGCGACACAGUUUCUUUGCUGGAUUAGACUGGCAAGAUGUAUAUGAUAAAAAGCUGAUACCUCCCUUCCAGCCUCAGGUGUCAUCAGAGACAGAUACCAGGUAUUUUGAUGAAGAAUUCACGGCACAGACGAUUACAAUAACUCCUCCUGAAAAAUUUGAUGAAGAUGGAAUGGACUGUAUGGAUAACGAGAGGCGGCCACAUUUCCCACAAUUCUCCUACUCUGCCAGCGGGCGGGAAUGAGAUCCCCAACACAGCCAGUAGUUCUUCAUCACCAUUCAAGGCUAUCACUGGAAAUAUGUUUACUUCCUCUUUUUUCUUCUCCAUCUUUAUUUAUGAUAAAGAUGGGGAAAACCAUUACAAGACUUUUUUUUUUUUUGAAGUGACGGGAUUUUGCACGUCGGGCCAUACUAAUGUCAGCUUGGCCCACAUAACCAGCCUCCUAAGGUUUCAACAUCAUUGACUGCAAAGGGUGAUGUUUUGCUUAUAUUUGUUUAUUCGGUUGUUCAGUUUUGUUUUAUUUUUGUUUGUAUUCUUUUGCGUUAAUCUGAAAGCGCUGUUCACAUUACUUGUAGGGAACAAAAACAAAAUGCUGCCUUACGCUCGUGUAGAAUUUUAAUUUCAGAUUGGGUGGUGGGGGAGAUGGGUUACCGUGUGGCUCAUGGAUCAUGGGAGCUUUCAUUCACAUUGCCAUGGCAAUGCCCCCAUGUGGCAGAAAAUAUUACUGUACCCUGCUGCUACACUAAUCUCAAUUGAUUUAUGUUAUUUUACAGGAUCAAUUGCAGUGGUGUUGUAUUUUAAAGUUUCAGAUUUUAUUUUGCAAAAAUUAAAAACUGCCGGAAACAGUUCACUCAGGCUACACACAGCACAUCUGUGUUUAACUCAGUUACAGGUCAAGCUUUACUCGCUCCUUAGGUGGAGUUGCUGAAAACAACAGCCAAAUAGUGUCCUCUCACUCUGCAACAGCUGUUUAUCAUAGAUAAAACAACAAUGGUCUUAAAUGUGUUCAUAACCUUUAUGCUAUAGCUAGCACAUUGCCACUUGCUAAUGGAAGCAGUAAAUUAAAUCACUGUGUAAAGGAUGUAUAAACUGUCAUGACGAAACCACACUCUGGGAUAUUGCUCUGCCAGUAGUAAGUACACAGAAAAUGCCAGAGAUUAAAGCAAAGUGGGUUGAAAGAUCCAUUGAAACAGAGCCACACAAAAAACCCGUUAAGAACCUGUGUAAAAAUGGAUGGAAUAAUAGGUACUUGUUCUUUAGAGGCUAGAGAGAGUCACAUGGUAUUUAUUUGAUGCUGGUUUCAAAAGGUAUGUCAAUUAACUGGGUUGAAAGCAGAUACUUUUUCCUCCCUUUGGUGUGUAAUAUAAGGAACACUUUUUUAUUGGACAUAUCACUGGACAGGAAAUAUUGUGUUGUUGUAUUAAUAGCGGGCUAACAAAAAGGAGAAACUACUUAAGUCUGAAACAUUUUGGAGGGCUGGGGCUCCGUUUACUGUCUGCUCCUUCCUGUUUGUCUGAGGGGAGAGGCUAAGGGGAUGCUGGGAUGGGGCCAAGCCCUCCCACUCUCAAAUGUGCAAUCAAGGGUUGUAUGGACAUUUCACACCUGACCAAGCAUGUAGGGAGUGGGAAAAAUGGAGAACAACACUGGUAAUAUAUAUUUUUUCCUUAAACAAAAAGUUGGACCUUUGUUGUCAGAAUUUGGUUGGAUUUUACAUCACUGUUUUUUUUUUUCAUUGUUUGCACAACUGCAGAAUUAUUUAUUUUUUCUUCUAAUUUGAAUUGUGUAAGAUAUUAUUAGGAGUGUCACCCAGUCUUUUGUACUGGAUCAGAAAACCUGUAAAUGGCUGAAGAAUGUAGAUGGGCACAAUGCUAAAGCCUUUUCAUUUUAUUUUCUUUUUAUUUUUUUGCUUUUGGUUGUUUUUUUAAUUUUUGU